CAAAGCUGUGCCUUGUCUCUAUUCCAGCCUUUGACCUCCCCAAUGAAGCCCUUUCUCUUCUUAAUUCCAGCUGCCAUGGCUGCUGUUACCCUGGCAGGGACAUCUGUGGAGCCUCUCCAAGUCAAUGCUGGAGAGGAGAUUCAAAUUCCAUGUAACCGGAAAAAUGUCCAACUCAUAUGGUACUGGAUUCCCUUUUAUCCCAUCUGUGCUGGCCUAAAAAUGGACCAGACAGAAAUCUACAAAGUGAUUUCUAACGAGAUGCACCCCGUUAAUGAAAACCUGAAGAGAUUUCGAAGGAUGAUGGCGGAAAAAAAUAAUGGAAAGUACGUCCUCACCGUCGUGCUCCAACACAUGAAUGACUCCGGCACUUUCUAUUGUUUCAAUGGAAGAAGAAACUCAUCCUUUAUCUCAGUCGUUGUGAAAUCUGAUAAUCGACAUGGGAUGACAGCUUCCCUUCCUGAGAAAUCCCAAAAAAGGAAACAGCUAGUAAAGCUGACCUGCAAUCUUUGUUAUGACAACACGGAAGACCAAUCUCAGGAAAGCUCUACCAUAGCCUGGACUAUUAAUGGGAAAAACGCUUCUAAUCACAUUUUCAAGAACCUAAGAACUGCAAUCUUAGUUGAAGACAGUCCCCCAAAUUAUGGCCUCUGGAAAUGCAGCAAUUCCAGAUGUCCUACACAAUCGGACGGCUAUUGCUUGGAAGAUGAAUUCAGAAUUUCGGAGAGAUCAGAGACGGAGGAAAUGCUCUGGUCUACCCCAGCACCAUACUAUAACGCGAAGAAGUUUAUGAUCCAAGUCAUUGUCGGUUGCGUGGUAGGAAUUAUUGCUCUCCUAUGGAUGGGGGUGGCUAUAUUUGUUCUCCGGGAGAAGCUUCGAUCACGGAGAACCAGCUCCAGUAAAAUUGCAAAGGAGCCAAAAUCACAAGUGAUUCAGAAUUCAGUCGGAAUGGAAAACCCCCUAAAGAACCCAGAGAAAGACGUAGAGAUGAACGAGGGAGCAGAAGGAAUCCAAUACUCAGUACUGCAAUUCAAGGAGCCUGAGCAAUGCCAGAGUCAGAAAAAGGAGCGGACGCCUGCUACCAUCUAUGCAGAAAUGCUCUCAAGCAAUUGUUCAAAAAGCUGAUCUGUCCAAAAGGCUGAUAUAUAAUCCUUUAGUGCAGGGGUCUGCAAACUUGGCUCUUUUAAGACUUGUGGACUUCAACUCCCAGAGUUCCUCU